AUGGAACUGUUGAAACAGAUAAAGCAAGGAUUCUGCAAUUAUUCGAGCUAUCAAGGAGAUCAAGAUAACUACGACAACAAUUGGCAGACUCAAAAGAAUGAGCAAGCGGGUCAGCAUGUGUCGGAUGAUAACUCCAUCAAUGAAAAGUUUGACACGAUCAUGGAGUUUUUGAAAGAUAUUCAGAAAAGCAACGAGGUUCGAGAUCGGGAGGUUAAGGCAUUGUCACAGCAGGUUGGACAAUUAGCUGAAGAAGUGGCUAUCAUCAGAAAAAAUCAAGAUAAGCUUCUUAGUGAUUGUCAGAAAAAUCCAGCUCACAAUUCUUCUCAUAGUAGUGUCCACAUAAAUGAGGUAAGUACUUCUUCUCUUUCUAAAAAUUCUACUGUUGAAACUCAGUCACCACAACAUGUUGAGGGUAUGGUAGAGGAUGUGACUGAGUCUGAGGAUGAGAGUGAACGUGAUCAGGAAAUUAGGAGUUCCAUAAAAUCUAGACAUGGUUUAAAUAAAACAUUUUCUGAUAGUGAUAAUGGGAAUGUAAAGGUUCCAUUCCCCUUGGCUUUACUUGCACCCAAAAAUUUAAAUAAACGGAAAUCAUCGAAGGGUGAAAGUUGGGAAAGUUUUGAAAAGGUAAAAAUAAAUAAACCGUUACUUGAAAAAAUUAAAGAAAGUCCUGAUCACGUUGAAUUCUUUGAAGAGUUGAGUACCCGAAAACGACGUCACAAGUUGCCUAAACAACUUGAUACAGUUCAUGUGAAUGCCGUUUUGAUGGGUACCCUUCCCCCGAAACUCCAAGAUCCAGGAGCACCUAUUAUUUCGAUACAAAUAGGUGAUUUUAAAUUGGAUAGGGCGUUGUUGGAUCUUGGAGCAUGUGUGAAUAUAUUACCGGGGAGUUUAUAUGAUCAGUAUGAUUUUGGGCCAUUGCAAAAAGUUGAAACCAUAGUGGUGUUGGCUGAUCAAACUCCUACGUGUCCUAGGGGGAUUGUAAAAGAUGUGAUUGUGAAAGUGGGUGAGUUUUAUUAUCCUGUCGAUUUCUUGGUGCUUGACUGUGUUAAAAAUAACCAACCAAUUGUUAUAUUGGGUAGACCGUUCCUAGCUACGGCUCAUGCUGUCAUUCAUUGUGUUGAGGGAACGGUCAGGUUUAGGUUUGGGGAUCAAAAAUCGAUUUUUAAAGUAUUUUCAAACUCAACCAAACCUGUUGCUAACAACUGUGAACCUUCUGAAAAGAAGGGUCGUGUGGAAGAAAAAGAAUGUUUCAUGAUUGACAGGUUGGUAAAGGUUAAGAAAAAGAAGAAGAAACCGAGGAGGAAGAGGAGAAAGAAAGGAAAUAAAUUACAGAAGAUGGAUGGAGAAGAAGAAAAGUGUGAGUUGAAUAGCUUCUGGUUGUUGAACAAGUUGGAUGGUGUUUCAAAGUUGUGGAUGAAUAGAUUGAUGAAAAUGAGAGAUUACAAACACCCUACACGCCCACCAUGA